GAGCUCGGGGCGCCGGGACCUGGGCGAGCGGCGGCGGCAGCAUGGGGGCCUGCUUGGGGGUGUGCUCCCUCCUCAGCUGUGUGUCAUGCCUAUGUGGGUCAGCUCCCUGUCUCCUGUGUGGCUGCUGCCCUUCUGCGAGGAAUUCUACCAUCUCCCGCCUCAUCUUCACUUUCUUCCUGUUCCUGGGCACACUGGUGUCCAUCAUCAUGAUAAUACCUGGUGUGGAAAACCACUUGUACAAGCUUCCUGGCUUCUGUAAAGGAGGCAGCCAGAUCCUGGGUGUUGAAGGCCAUGUCAAUUGCAACUCCUUCCUGGGUCAUAAAUCCGUGUAUCGCAUGGGCUUUGCCAUGGCUGCUUUCUUCUUCCUGUUUGCCUUGAUCAUGAUAUGCGUGAGGAGCAGCAAGGAUCCGAGAGCAGCCAUUCAAAACGGGUUCUGGUUUUUCAAGUUCCUGAUUUUGAUUGGCAUCACCGUGGGUGCUUUCUAUAUUCCUGAUGGCUCCUUCACAUCAGUGUGGUUCUACUUUGGUGUGGUGGGCUCCUUCUUCUUCAUUCUCAUCCAGCUCAUCCUUCUGAUUGACUUUGCCCACUCCUGGAGUCAGAUCUGGCUUCGCAAUGCAGAUGAAGGCAAUGCCAAAGGCUGGUACGCAGGCCUUUUCUUCGUUACCUUCAUCUUCUAUGCAGCAUCCAUCACGGCUGUGGUGCUGCUGUAUGUCUACUACACCAAGCAUGAUGGCUGCACAGAGAACAAGGUGCUGAUCAGUCUCAACCUCAUCUUCUGUGUGAUCAUCUCUGUGGUGUCCAUCCUGCCCAAAAUCCAGAAUGCUCAGCCACACUCAGGCCUGCUGCAGGCUUCCCUCAUCACACUCUACACCAUGUUCAUCACCUGGUCGGCUCUGGCCAAUGUGCCAAACAAAUCCUGUAACCCCACCCUCCUGGUCAGGAACAGCACGGCCACCCCAGUGGCUGAGGGGCAUGUGACCAUGUGGUGGGAUGCCCCGAGCAUUGUGGGAUUGGUCAUCUUUGUUCUGUGCACGCUCUUUAUCAGCAUUCGCUCCUCGGACCACGCCCAAGUGAAUAAGAUGAUGCUGACUGAGGAAGGCCCAGGAGCAGUGGGCAGCGGAGGGGCAAGCCUGGAAGAUGGCGUGCACCGGGCCUAUGACAAUGAGCAGGACAGUGUGUCCUACAAUUACAGCUUCUUCCACCUCUGCCUUGUCCUGGCCUCCCUCUACAUCAUGAUGACACUCACAAACUGGUACAGGCCUGAUGAGCAUUUCCAGACUAUGAGUAGUCCUUGGACUGCAGUGUGGGUAAAGAUCUCUUCCAGCUGGGCCGGGCUUCUCCUCUACCUCUGGACUCUGGUAGCCCCCCUUGUACUGCCAGAUCGAGACUUCAGCUGAAAAGGACUUUGCCUGUCGGACAGCUCAGCUACUUUUAGCCGGAGAACCAUGCUGCCAAGGGAUGACCCCCUGCUCCUGGCUUGUGGGGAGAGCAGGGCUGUGGUUCUCCCAAGCUAUAUGUUACCCUUUGACUCUCAUUUUAGGACUGAGACCAGUUCCUCAGGAUUUUGCCUUUCUGUUUCUUGUUGUUUUUAAAGGGAAAAAGUGCCUCUCAGAGAAAACCUGCCAUUUGUGGGUGAAGCCAGCUUCAUACAGCACUGCUUCUUCUGCAGUCUGUGUGUGUGUUGACUAGCAUCCCAGUGUGGCCUCCAUCCUUCUCAUUCUGAAAAAGACAAGGUUGAACUGCCCUUGAGGAACUGUUUUUAAGGAGCUGCUCUUGAAUUUUUUGUUUUGAUGUGGGUUUCAGUCAAAAAACCCUGUGCUGCCUGGUGAGUGGUUUGAGACUCCCGCAUGUCCCGUCUUGGCCCAUACCUACCUGUAGAACUAAGGAUUAAAUAAAGGGAUAGAAUUUAGUACUGGCUGGUGCCUGCUGAGCAUUGGCCCUACUGUGUAAUCAGCUGCUGCGGCAAAUUAAUAUUCUGUAUUCAGAGACUGGUUUUCAGUCCAUUGUACUUUUUUACUGGGUUAGGAAGAUGUGUUAGUGGUUGCAGCAGGAAAACAUAGCGUUUGUCAAAGGGCUUCUCACCCCUGCCUUGCUGCUCAAUUGCAUCAGUUACACCACCCAGGAUGCUCCUACUGCAGUAAGUUCACUUGGCAGCUCCUCCAGCCCCACCCCUGUGUAACAGCAACAGAAACUGCCAAGGCUCUAGUAGGCAGUGCUCAGCUCAUUAUAAGUGAUGACCUUGUAGAACAAGAAUGAUACGUACAACACAGGUUUUGCUUUGGGCGGGUCCCUGCUACAGCCACAGUUGUGAUUGCAAUUUAUGGAGGCAUACCUGCCCAAGCCAGCUUAAAGCUAGGUCAGGAGAUUCCCCAUGAAAGCGGAGCUACAGCAACACAGGGCUCAGCACACAGUGUAAAGUUAGCUGGAGCUUCAAUCAAUGCUGGGGCAGUUGGUCUGGGCUGAAUUUAGCACUGUUGUCACUACAUUGCUCGAAGGACCCAUGUUAGCUUAGGUGUGUCUACACAAGCUGCACUCAUGGCAGUAUCUGUAGGGUAGACUUAGCAAAAACUGAGCCAGCAUCUAGGCCUGGCUGCAGCAUAGGUAGGUGUAUCACUUUGUAGGGUUUUGCCUACUCCACUGUUCACCUGAUCCCUUAAAGCACCUGCAUCACCCAAGUUAUAUGGGGGAACAGCAGGUAAAACAUCAUACCAGAAGUCCAUCUCACUCCCCAGGAGCCCAGUUCUAGGACCAGCUUCCUGGACACAAGAGGUAGCUGGAAUUCAAGUGGCUGGAAGUGCCUUAGGAACUGGAACUGCAUGAGAGCCCUUUGCAUCCAAUGUGCUGCACCAUGAAGAAUCUUCCCCUGUCCUUUUCCAUUUACCAGGAUCUGAGCCUAAAAGCUUUUCCUGCAUCAUACAAGGACAGGUUUCCCUCAGGAGAUUUGUGUGAUUUGCCUUGCCAAUAAAGUCUGGUUUGGAAUUUGGA